AUGGGCCCCUGUACCGCCUCCUCAUGCUGCUGCCAGGCCCGUAAUCUGUCAUGGGCCCCUGUACCGCCUCCUCAUGCUGCUGCCAGGUCCAGAGUGUGUCAUGGGUCCCUGUACGGCCUCCCAUUGCUGCUGUCUCCAUCGCCACACUCUGCCAUGUGCCACUUUCAGGUCUCCUCACACUGCUGGUGGGUUCCAUUUUGUCAUAGGGUGCUGGCAGAUUACGGGCCUCCCAUUGCUGCUGCCAGGCCCGUAAUCUGCCAUGGGCCCCCGUACCGACUCCUCAUGCUGCUGCCAGGCCCGUAAUCUGUCAUGGGCCCCUGUACCGCCUCCUCAUGCUGCUGCCAAAUCUAGAGUGUGUCAUGGGUCCCUGUACGGCCUCCCAUUGCUGCUGUCUCCAUCGCCACACUCUGCCAUGUGCCACUUUCAGGUCUCCUCACACUGCUGGUGGGUUCCAUUUUGUCAUAGGGUGCUGUA